AUGUAUUUCUUUCUUUCUUUUAGAAAUAUAUUUUUCUUUCUCUCAUUUAUAAAAAUUUAUUUUAUUUUUAAAUAUUUUCUCUUUUUUCAAAUAUUUCAUUCUUCCUUUCCUUUUAAAUUUUUCUUUUUUUUUUUCCUUUUAAUUAUUUCUUUGUUUCUGCAUUUUCUUUAUUCAUCGCCAUCAUUGAAAUUUCUUUUAUUUUCUAAUUUAUUCUAUUUCGCUUUCUCUCUCGCAUAUUUCUUCCGUCAUUCACUUAUCUCUUUUAUUCUUUCUUUAUUUUCUCUCUCACUCGCUCACUCCCUCUCUCACUUAUAUCUACUUCGAACUGUUUUUUUUUUCUUUUUUCGUUCAAGCUUAUCGUAUCUUUUCUUUAUCUCUUUAUCUUUUUCUCUCUUUUUCUCUCCUUCAUUCUUUCUCCCUUUCUUUUUUUUUACUCACUACCAUUGUUCAUUCUCUAUUAUUCUUUCAGACGAGGAAGUUCUUUUCUCUCUUUCUUUUUUUGUUUGUUUCUUUCCUUCAUCCUUUCGUUGUUUUUUUUUUUAUUUUCGCGGCAACCUUUCCUUUAUUUUUUACUUGCAAAUCCAUUUCUUGCCGUUGUAA